UUUGCCCCCAAGCGAAGCAUGAACCGUUGUUUAAGUGGAAAAUGGAGGCUGAAUUUUACAUGGCGAUUCUAACCUGCCUGAUUCUCGGGAGCUUAGAGGGGUUCCAGAUAGUCCAUGUCCGCAAGCAGCAGUGUCUUUCCAUAAAUCAGAACGUGGUUAUGAGCUCAUGCAAUGCCAGCAGCCAGAACCAGCAGUGGCUGUCGACUGAGGAUGGGAAGCUCCUUCACAUUAAAUCUGGAUCGUGUCUGGGUAUCUCCAACUCCUCAAGGGGUCCUUUCCGACCAGCAGUCUCCACUCCCUGUGCCCAGGCACCCCGAUGGACCUGCCAUGACCAGGAAGGCUUCCUUGAGGUGGAAAAUACCUCCCUCUUUCUCAAGAAACAAAACCGUAAGGUAGUGGUCAAGAAGAUUAGUAAAUACCUCGAUAGCUGGAUGAAAUUAGACACCAACAAGGAAGGGAAGCUGGUCAGUGAAAACCUCUGUGCAAAGCAAGCUGGCCUGGGGACAGAAGUCUCGGUGCGGAUUGCUAGGAACUCCGUGGCCCCGCAGAUCCUCACAACUUUCCACACAGUUCCAUACAGCCCGGAACACACUAGGAACACCACAGAGACAUUCCUCGGGAGUACUGCAGAGACCUACAGGCCAAGCAGCAGCAAGAGAGCUCUCCCCAGCCUGCACACGACGGGGACUACAGUGACAGCCUGGAGUCCAUCAACUACUCCGCCUUCCUUCGGCAUUACCACAGAGGCUGGAUUGGCAGAGCUAGAGAGAUGUAACUUCACACUGUUGGAGUCCAAGAUCUCCAGCUUCUCAGCGUCUAUCCAGUGGAGGACUUUGGGGUCACCCUGCAACUUUAGCCUCAUCUACAGCAGUGAUACCUCAGGGCCCGCGCUGUGCCAUCCCGUUCGGAUAGACAACAUUACCUAUGGAUGUAACCCCAAGGAUUUACAAGCAGGGACCCUCUAUAACUUUAGGAUUGUUUCUCUGGAUGGAGAAGAGAGAACUUUGGUCUUACAGACAGACCCUUCGCCUCCUGCCAGCUUUGAAGUCAGCCCUGAAAAGACAACUUCAACCACCCUGCAGGUGAGGUGGACCCCUUCUUCUGGAAAAGUCACGUGGUAUGAGGUGCAACUAUUUGAUGAUAACAAUCAAAAAAUGCAAGAGGUCCAAGUUCAAGAGAGUACCACACGGAGGCAAUGCACUUUUUCGAACCUCACUGCUGGCAGUAAUUACAAAAUUGCCAUCAUGGCUGUUUCCGGAGAAAAACGUUCCUUUCCUGUAUAUACCAAUGGGUCAACAGUGCCGUCUCCUGUGAAAGAUAUUGGCGUCUCCUCCAAUCCUAAUUCUCUCCUAAUCUCCUGGUCUCAUGGUUCUGGGAAUGUGGAACAAUACAGGCUGGUGCUCAUGGAUAAAGGGACCUUGGUUCAAGACAGGAAUGUGGACAGGCAUGAUACUUCUUAUUCUUUAUAUGGACUGACCCCUGGACACCUAUACAACCUCACUAUUGUCACCAUGGCUUCAGGACUACAAAACUACAGGUGGAAACGAGUGAGGACGGCUCCUAUGGAAGUCUCAGAUCUGAAGGUGACGAAUGACGCCAGUUCGACCUCUCUGAAAGUCAAAUGGCAGAAACCCCUUGGAGAUGUAGAUUCCUACAACAUCACCCUGUCUCACCAAGGGACCAUCAAGGAAUCCAAAACAUUAGCGCCUCGUGUUACCGAAACUCAAUUUAAAGACUUAGUUCCUGGGCGGCUUUACCAAGUUACCAUCAGCAGCAUCUCUGGGGAACUAUCGGCUCGGAAGACAGCGAUGGGCAGAACAGUUCCAGAAAAAGUGAGGAAUCUGGUUUCCUACAACGAGAUUUGGAUGAAGUCCUUCGCAGUGAACUGGACGCCCCCUGCUGGAGACUGGGAGCACUACCGUAUCUUGCUCUUCAAUGAAUCGGUGGCGCUGCUCAAUGCCACCGUGGGAAAGGAGGAAACGCACUAUGUCCUGGAUGCCGUGGAGCUCGUACCAGGAAGACUGUAUGAGGUGGAAGUCAUUGUUGAGAGUGGCAACCUGAGGAAUUCUGAGCGCUGCCAAGGCAGGACAGUCCCCCUGGCUGUCGUCCAGCUUCGUGUCAAACAUGCUAACGAGACAUCGCUGGGCAUCAUGUGGCAGGCCCCCCGAGGGGAAUGGGAGAAAUACAUCAUUUCUCUGACUGACAGAGACCUCUUAGUCAUCCACAAAUCCCUCUGCAAAGACACCAGAGAAUUCACCUUUACGGACCUGGUCCCCGGACGAAACUACAAGGCUACCAUCACUACUAUGAGUGGAGAUUUAAAACAGUCAUCUUCAACAAAAGGAAGAACGGUGCCUGCCCACGUGACUGACUUGCAUGUUACCAACCAAGGGAUGACCAGCAGCCUGUUCACGAACUGGACAAAGGCCUUGGGAGAUGUAGAGGUCUACCAAGUCUUACUGAUCCAUGAGAAUGUGGUCAUCAAAAACGAGAGCGUCUCCAGUGAGACCAGCAGAUACAGCUUCCACGCUCUGAAACCCGGCAGCCUCUACUCGGUCGUGGUGACCACAGUGAGCGGAGGGAUUUCUUCCCGGCAGGUGGUGGCGGAAGGCCGAACAGUCCCUUCCAGCGUGAGUGGAGUCACGGUCAACAAUUCCGGCCGUAAUGAUUACCUCAGUGUUUCCUGGCUGCCAGCUCCUGGAGAUGUGGAUAACUACGUGGUAACCCUCUCCCACGAUGGCAGGGUGGUUCAGUCCCUCAUCAUUGCCAAGUCUGUCAGCGAGUGUUCCUUCAGCUCCCUCACCCCAGGCCGCCUCUACAAUGUGACCAUAACCACCAGGAGUGGCAAUUACGCCAGCCACUCCUUCAGCGAAGAACGGACAGUACCUGACAAGGUCCAGGGAAUCAGCGUUAGCAACUCUGCCAGGAGUGACUACUUAAAGGUGUCCUGGGUACAUGCCACUGGAGACUUCGAUCACUAUGAAGUCACCAUCAAAAACAAAAACAGCUUCACUCAAACCAAAAGCAUUCCCAAGUCGGAAAACGAGUGUGUAUUUGUUCAACUCGUCCCCGGACGCCUGUACAGUGUCACCGUCAGUACCAAAAGUGGACAAUACGAAGCUAGUGAACAAGGGAAUGGGAGAACGAUCCCAGAGCCUGUGAAGAACCUCACACUCCGCAACAGGAGCACCGAGGACCUCCAUGUGACUUGGUCACUGGCCGAUGGGGACGUUGACCAGUAUGAGGUCCAGCUGCUCUUCAAUGACAUGAAGGUCUUUCCUCCUAUUCACCUUGUGAACACCGCAACUGAGUAUCAGUUCACUGCACUCACACCAGGGCGCCAUUACAAAAUCCUUGUCCUGACCGUCAGUGGCGACGUUCAGCAGUCGGCCUUCAUUGAGGGCCUCACGGUUCCCAGUACUGUCAAAAAUAUUCACAUUUCUGCCAACGGAGCCACGGAUCGAUUGAUGGUAACCUGGACCCCUGGUGGUGGGGAUGUUGACUCCUAUGUGGCGUCAGCGUUCAGGCAGAACGAGAAGAUUCAGUCUCAGAGCAUCCCGAAGCACAUCUCAGAGCACACUUUCCACAGCCUGGAGCCCGGGGCCAAGUACAGGAUCGCCGUCGCUUCUGUUAGUGGGUCCCUGAGCAACCAGAUUGAUGCGCAUGGGCAGACAGUUCCCGCGCCUGUCCAGGGAGUCGUUGCAGACAAUGCCUACAGCAGUAACUCCUUAACGGUAAGCUGGCAGAAAGCUGCUGGCGUGGCAGAAAGAUAUGAUAUCCUGCUUCUCAAUGAGAACGGGCUUCUCCUGAGCAACACGUCAGAGCCGGCUACCGCCAAGCAGCACAAACUUGAAGACCUAACGCCAGGCAAGAAAUACAGGCUGCACAUCCUAACUGUCAGCGGAGGCCUCUUUAGCAAGGAAGCCCAGGCUGAAGGCCGAACAGUCCCAGCAGCUGUCACGAAUCUGAAGAUCACGGAGAACUCCACUAGACACCUGUCCUUCAGCUGGACGGCCUCGGAGGGUGAGCUCAGCUGGUACAACAUCUUCCUGUACAACCCAGACAAAACUCUUCAGGAAAGAGCUCAGGUUGACCCGCUGGUCCAGAGCUUCUCUUUCCAGAACUUGUUGCAAGGCCGAAUGUACAAACUGGUGAUUGUUACUCACAGUGGGGAGCUCUCCAAUGAGUCCUUCAUAUUUGGCAGAACAGUCCCAGCUGCCGUGAACCAUCUCAAAGCAUCCAAUCGGAACAUGACAGAUAGCCUUUGGUUCAGCUGGAGUCCAGCCUCUGGGGACUUUGACUUCUAUGAGCUGAUUCUCUAUAAUCCCAAUGGCACAAAGAAAGAGAAUUGGAAAGACAAGGGCCUGACAGAGUGGCGCUUUCAGGGCCUCGUGCCUGGAAGGAAAUACACCCUGUAUGUGGUGACCCACAGUGGGGACCUCAGCAAUAAAGUCACAGGGGAGGGCAGAACAGCCCCAAGUCCCCCCAGUCUUUUGUCAUUUGCUGAUGUUACAAACACUUCCUUGGCCAUCACCUGGAAGGGGCCCCCAGACUGGACAGACUACAAUGACUUUGAGCUGCAGUGGCUCCCCAGAGAUGCACUCACUCUCCUCAACCCCUACCGCAACAGGAAAUCAGAAGGACGCAUUGUGUAUGGGCUUCACCCAGGGAGGUUCUAUCAAUUCAGUGUCAAGACGGUCAGUGGGGAUUCCUGGAAAACAUACAGCAAACCAGUUUCUGGAUCUGUGAGGACAAAGCCAGACAAGAUACAAAACCUGCAUUGUCGUCCCCAGAACUCGACAGCCAUCGCCUGUUCUUGGGUACCACCUGACUCCGACUUCGAUGGUUAUAACGUUGAGUGCCGGAAGAUGGAUACCCAAGAGAUUGAGUUUUCCAGGAAACUGGAGAAAGAAAAAUCUCUGCUCAACAUCAUGAUGUUAGUGCCUCAUAAGAGGUACUUAGUGUCCAUCAAGGUGCACUCCGCCGGUGUGACCAGUGAGGUGGUAGAAGACAGCACCAUCACUAUGAUAGACCGCCCUCCUCCGCCACCCCCGCAUAUUCGUGUGAAUGAGAAGGAGGUGCUGAUCAGCAAAUCCUCCAUCAACUUCACUGUCAACUGCAGCUGGUUCAGCGACACCAACGGAGCCGUGAAGUACUUCGCAGUGGUGGUGAGAGAGGCUGACGGCAUGGAUGAGCUGAAGCCAGAACAACAGCACCCUCUCCCUUCCUACCUGGAAUACAGGCACAACGCCUCCAUUAGAGUCUACCAGACGAAUUACUUCGCCAGCAAGUGCGCCGAAAGCCCCGACAGCAGUUCUAAGAGCUUUAACAUUAAGCUCGGAGCCGAGAUGGACAGCCUUGGUGGUAAAUGUGAUCCCAGUCAGCAAAAGUUCUGUGAUGGACCACUGAAGCCGCACACCGCCUACAGAAUCAGCAUCCGGGCCUUUACGCAGCUAUUUGACGAGGACUUGAAAGAAUUCACAAAGCCCCUCUAUUCAGACACAUUUUUCUCGUUGCCUAUCACCACCAAGUCAGAGCCCUUGUUUGGCGUUAUUGAAGGUGUGAGCGCUGGCCUGUUUCUAAUUGGCAUGCUGGUGGCCCUCGUCGCCUUCUUCAUCUGCAGACAGAAGACUAACCGUGGCCGAGAAAGGCCGUCUGCCCGCCUGAGCAUUCACAGGGAUGGGCCUUUGUCUGUCCACUUGAACCUGGGCCAGAAAGGCAACCGGAAAACCUCUUGCCCCAUAAAGAUAAAUCAGUUCGAAGGGCAUUUCAUGAAACUGCAGGCUGACUCCAACUACCUUCUGUCCAAGGAAUAUGAGGACUUAAAAGACGUGGGUCGAAACCAGUCAUGUGACAUUGCUCUCUUGCCUGAGAAUAGAGGGAAAAAUCGCUACAACAACAUAUUGCCCUAUGAUACCUCAAGGGUGAAGCUGUCCAACGUAGAUGAUGACCCAUGCUCUGACUACAUCAACGCCAGUUACAUCCCUGGUAACAACUUCAGAAGAGAAUAUAUCGCCACACAGGGACCGCUUCCUGGCACCAAGGACGACUUCUGGAAAAUGGCGUGGGAACAAAACGUUCACAAUAUCGUCAUGGUGACCCAGUGUGUUGAGAAAGGCCGAGUGAAGUGUGACCAUUACUGGCCAGCAGACCAGGACUCUCUCUACUAUGGGGAUCUCAUCUUGCAGAUGGUCUCAGAAUCCGUGCUACCCGAGUGGACCAUCAGGGAAUUUAAGAUUUGCAGUGAGGAACAGCUGGACGCACACAGACUCAUCCGUCACUUUCACUACACAGUAUGGCCAGACCAUGGAGUCCCAGAGACCACCCAGUCCCUGAUCCAGUUUGUGAGAACGGUCAGAGACUACAUCAACAGAAGCCCGGGGGCGGGGCCCACAGUAGUGCACUGCAGUGCUGGUGUGGGCAGAACCGGGACGUUCGUUGCCUUGGACCGGAUCCUCCAGCAGUUGGAUUCCAAGGACUCUGUGGACAUUUAUGGAGCAGUGCAUGACCUAAGACUUCACAGAGUUCACAUGGUCCAGACCGAGUGUCAGUACAUCUAUCUGCAUCAGUGUGUGAGAGACGUCCUCAGAGCAAGGAAACUGCGGAACGAGCAAGAAAACCCCCUGUUUCCAAUCUACGAAAAUGUGAACCCAGAAUACCAUAGAGAUGCAAUCUAUUCGAGACAUUAAGGAUGUACCGAAGAUGCCCUGGAUAAAAGUUUUUCACUGUGUGACUUUUCAACCCCAGACCUUUGCUUCAUGGCCUGUGGAGGUGCCAGCUUUUUCUGUGGAUACGUAUAAUUUAUUAAUCGGGAGAAUGUUAAAGAAUUUAUGUAAUUUAAAGGUAACAGAUAUUAUUGUACAUACUUGUAUUUUGUAGUUUCUCCUGUAAAUAUGUAUUUUUCAUAAUGUUUAAUAUUAAGCUUUAUAUAAUACUAUUUUUCCACACUGAAGUGUUCAUGACUUGUUCUGCAUGAGCUGAUUCACCCCUAUAUGACAGGACCACUGGCCAAAUGUGUGCAGAGAAAGCUGCAAGGACAAUCCCUGGGGCUGGGUUGUUUGCCUGCCUUGAUGCCCACUGGGUGAGCAAAGGGCCGAGCUGGAAAGAGCAUAGCAUAAGGCCUGCUUUGCCAAGCUGCCGCCUUAUUAACAAAGCCUGGGGUCUAAAGACUCUGACCGUCAGAGUCGGGCCACAGCUACACCUUGGUGGUAGAGCAUAUGCCAAGCAAUUCAAAAUAAAUUUAAAAACUGAAGGCUAGGCAGCCCCAAAGCGGAGCUGGGUGUGUGAUCUAAACCGGAAGCUGUCGAUAGGAAUCUGUCCAGGGUUACAAGCUGUGGUCGGCUCAAGGACCGUGAAACUUGCAGUGACUGCAGGGCUGGGGACUCCGGUAGAAGGACACUAACAGAUGAGACGAAUACCUAACGAUAGCAAUGCCAGCUGCCCCUCUGACCGGAGCCUCCUGCACAAAGCAGGGCGCAUCCCUGCAGCAUUCAGACUUGGUUUUCCUUUGGAAAGAGCUAUGGUGGUAGGUCACGCCCCUGACCCAAGAAAGCAUGAAAUACCAACAUCUGAAGCAGUGAGAUUUUACCACACACCCUACCAAUUUUAUCUUUAAAUCUGUGCCAUAUGUUGACUGUAAAAUUUCCAGUGACUUAGAAAGUGGACAUCGAGCAAAUUAACACCCAGUUUCUAGAUCUUUUCUGAGAAAAACCCAAAAAGAAUUCUAGUGGUUGCCUGAGUGAGAAGCCACAUUUGUUGAUCUCAGGGCUUCAUUUGCAGAAACAUCACAUGUCUCUUGAGCUUAUGUGGUUUUGCUACAAAUCAUCAACUCCCAUAACAAAAAUGGAUAUCAUUGGCCUAACAAUUGAAGAUAGCUAACUAUACCAAAAAUCACUGCAAAUUUAGCUUGUAAAUAUACUAGGAUAUUCCCAAUUCCAUAACUCCACACCCAUCUGGAGAUGUCUUUUGGGGUACCUGAAGUGUAUAGAAAUAGAGGAACAGUUCCUACGGGUCCCUGUGAGCAGCAGUGAGGAUUCAGUCCUCACAGUGUCUCUGUGCGCUGUGCCCUUGGGAAAAUGACACCGUUAGGCUCUGAUCCUGUAUCCAGGGACUCAUCAGACCUUCUGGACAGAAAAAAGAGGAGCAGAGGUGUAAGCUUGGAGAUGUGCAACUAAGGAGAAAAUGGAGGUCAGACAUGGUUUUGGUGUGGCGUCUGUUAGGGAUCAUUUUUCUUAGGAGAGAAAGGAAAGUCGGGCUGAAGGGGCUGCUGGGAGGUAGCAUGCUUGUGUGACCAUCCAGAGCUCCCACCCUCCCCGCUCAAGCAAGGAAAACAAAACAGGGCUGUAAACUGAUGUUGCUUAAUGCAUAGCAAGCUGGUAACCCAGAAAGAGACAUUCGUUUCAGCUUUUUGUUAACUGAGAAAAGUCCCAGCAAGUGCCUGGAACCUCUUCGGUGCUGUUCCAAAACCUGUUUCCUUGUCAGCAAAGAGAACGCACGACAGUGAGAUGAGCGUUGUAACUGUGUUGACUGGAACUUACAAGAGGGCCCCGGCGAGGAAACGAGAUGGCAAGGGCUGAAGCCGUUUCAAUUGCAAGCCACUAGACGCGGAAGAGAAAGUAAUUAAAAUUGCACGAACCAAGCAUUAGAACCACAAAACACCUGCACACCUGUGACCAUAAAUGACACCCCUACCCUCAAAGCAUUUGGGGGAGAAUCAGAAUACAGAAAUGAAUCCAGCCACCCAACCAGGGGAAAUCAUACAUUCUUGUCGCCUAUUCCGGGAAGUCCUGAUUCCUCAUUCUCAAGACUAGUUUAACCCCACCCCCCCCCCAACACACACACACCUAGCAACAAACAUUUUGCUAUGCAGUCUCUCUCUCCAGAAGAUGAAAUACAAAUCCAGUUGAUCCGUUCAUCGACUGUAGCAGUCUGGGCCAGAACGGAAACGUAGCUACUGGUAAAUUAGUAUUUUGCCUGGCGUGUGAGAGGCCCUGGGUUUAAUCUCAGGUACCACAAAAUAAGCCAGGAGAGGGAAGAAAAGGUUUCUUUUUGCCGUUCGCUCCAUCGGAUGCAUCUCCCUUAAUUGCAUCGUGCGGCUGUGUCUCUGAAAGCACCCCACUUCCUGCCUUGGCGGGCAUCCUGUCUGCACCUGACUGCGGCUCUUUAAUCAGUGAGGCUUCAAAGCCCUUCAAGGCUAUCAAACCUUGAGAGAGUCUGUUCUGCAUCCUAAUAAUUAUUUACCCAGGCUCCUUAUAAUUAACUCCUUUAAUCUCUUCACAUUAAAUCAAUUUUACAUCAUCAAUCUGCUUUUCUCUGGAAAGCUGCCAACUCUUCAGGUUUUCAGAGCUGCAUCUCCCUCUCUGGGCUUGCAGACGUUCAUGCCGAGGAAGUUCCCACCCGUCAGUGGCCAAGUUCCACUUCUCCGCUGCUUGCCCCUUCUUCCUAUCCAAGAGCACCUGUGCCAGUGGGAUGUGAUUUUUUUCGUCUGUUCAUCUCAUCGUCUUUCACCCAUUGCUAACAUUUCAUAAGCUCAGCAUUAUAGAAGAGUGAUUAAGACUUCAUUUUUUUCAACAUCAAAAUGGCAACAAUACAGCGAUUUGGGGUCAGUUAUAUUUAGGAGGCUCUGUAAUUAAUUUUGUUAUUACCUCUUGGAAGAAGGCCCAAAAUUGAUAGGAGAAAAUAAUAUAAAAUGAUUUAACAGAUGUCCAGCAACACAAAAAUAGGGCUCACAUGUUCUACUUCACACUGCUUCUCUUAUCUUGGUGUUAAGGAUCUAACUUCUCGUAUUUAACACUUUCUGCUCCCUUUGCAAAUAAUAAUAAUAAUAAUAAUAAUAAAUCCCAAAAUGAUCUGCCAUGUACUAAAUGCUUGCUCAGUUAGUUUAUGGGCAUUUUGAAAGAUUGAAUCCUUGAAGCAACUAGAUCUGUAUAUUUGCCUGCAAGUCCCAGUCAUGGAACACACUAGAAUUUUUGUUCAUACAAAGCUGCCCAGACCAAAGCUGACCACGCAACAAUAACAAGUAAUUAGCUGCUUGGUUAUAGAAACAGUUCAGAGGUUUUCCAAGUUCUGUUUAACUGAAAAAAAAAAAAAUGGCUAUAGUCAGCCAGACAAGAGCGGUAAGAAGACGUGAGCAGUCCCAGCUCACCAGCUCUCGUGCCCGAGGAGUCGACAGAGAAAUAGCAUGCCUGCUUGAGUGAGUGCCCCGUUACCAUUCCAAAGAUGUUUAAUCCGAUCUUCAAAAACGCAUCCAGUGUUGAAAGAAUGUUUUACAGAAAAGGAAACUGUAAACCACGACUGCAGAGAGGAAGUAAAAUGAAGCAAGGAAGGGAAACUAUUGGAGAGGAGGUGAGCGACGCUGACAUCAGAAAGACAGGAUGGCAUGUCUGCCUUCCCGGGAUGGUUCUUUGAAAGUAUCAUCAUGUGUUUAUUUCUAUUAAAGCAGAUAGACUGGCCAUCCCUAAGCCCCCGAUCUAACACUCAAGAUGCUCCAGAGUCCAAGGCAUUUGUGAGCACUGACAUGACGCAGUAGGACGUUCUACAACUGCCCUUGCGUGAUGCUUCAGUCAGAACACAGGUACAUUAAAACCACCGUUGAGUUUACCAUCAGCUACAUAUCCAGGGCAUAUGAGGGGCAGAAAUGAGUUUCCUAGUUAGGCAUGGGAUCCAUCCUCAAUAUUCAAAUCACAGUUAUUAAAAUAUUCCAAACUUAUUUUUAAAAUCAAGCAGAUUCCGAUCACCAGCAUUUCGGGUAAGGGAUCUUUGACCCGUCUUAUUACUGGGAUCAAGUCGGUCAGGCUAUUCAGCAGAUUUGGCAAUUGAAUUGGUUCAUUUGGUUUUUAAACUAACCAGGUGUGUGACUCAGUUUCCAGGAUCUGUCACUGCAGACACACAGACACAGCACCUUAGUGUCUUAUAGUGCAGGGUAACUUUGAGAGUGUUUGGCCAUUGCAAUGGAGAUUCAGGGUGACAGUCAAUGCAGCUGUGAUAACAACAACAACAACAACAACAACAACAACAACAACAACAACCUGUUCAAAUGUGUUUAACAGUGAAAACAUUUCUGGCUGAAAGAACACUUGACUUGUAUAGAGGCUUCCUUGGAAUAAAUGUAUGCGUUUUAUUUUUGUAUAGAUUGUCUAUAUAGAUAACAUUGAUUAAAUAAGGAAAUUAUUGGUGGAUGCUCCCAAAGUAGAGGUUUAUGUCAUGGAAGUAAAAGAUAUAUUAAAAGAUUUACCAAAGAUUAUUUUUAAUCUAUAUGCCAAUGCACUUGAUCUUAUAUAAGACACCAAAGUAAGUCUUUCAAAACUGUGAAUUGUGUCAGACAAAUGUAAGGUGCCCCUUCUUAGAACAGUCACAAGAAGGAUUCGUUUGGGCUGUUUUCUGCCUCAGGUAAUUUCUUUUAAGGAAUGCCAUCCUUGCCCCGACAGCAAGCUUUUCUGUUCCAUCUGCGAUGUAUUUUGGUAGCAAUGUGUGUAACUAAGCGUUGCAUCGAGAAAGGAGCACCUUUGCUUGUGGCUUUGGAAAUCUAGCUGGUCAUUUCCAGCCUCCAUCAGCCGGCUAGUGGGAAGGUCUAGACCAGAGCUCAGCGUCUUUCUGGUCACUACCAUACUGACAAGAGAAGGCACCGAUGUUCCCCACUUAAAGAGCACUUCAUCCUGCCCAGUGUUUGUGAGGCUUCAAAGUUCUCGGGCUUAUAAAUUCUCCAAGAACAAAGAGCACGUUUGUCUCCUCAACUUCCGCUGUGUAGAGAAUAGUUCACAGCUCAUACAUACCCAGCAUGCACCGUUCAGAGCGGAAGUUGCUCCUGGCUGUGUGCUUUGGAUGCUAGAUCAUGCCUGCUAAUCCUAGAGUCCACAGAAGAGAGUGGAGCUAGCUGCUUCUUCAUCUGUGUGAAGCAUAAUAUAUAAUGUAAAUAUAUCCAGCAGCUGAACUUAUUAUGUUCUAUAAUAGAGCACUUUCAUGGUUUCAAAAUCAUUUACAUGUUCUCUGCAAAUCUAGUUAAGAUGGCGAUAAAUCUAUUUUUUCAUACCCUAGCAUCUACCCACACUAUUGCUUUUGUAGCCAACGUUGUUUGAACAAAGAACCUCACUGGCCUUUCUAUUUAAAUGAUGUAUGUGCUUAAUAUAUUUUCAGAUUUGUAAUUGUGGUUGUUAAAGGAACCUAUAUGGAAUCUUGCACACACCCUCACCAAUGUAGGAAUAAACCUGUUGCCUGUUGGAA